AUGGAGCCGCCGAUAGAUCAUGGUAUUGGUGAUUUUGAUUUGAACUUGGAAGCACCCUACGUUGGAUUUGAUUUGAACCUUGAAGCACCCCAUGUUGGUUUUGAUCUGAACUUUGAAGCACCCCAUGUUGGUUUUGAUCUGAACUUUGAAGCGCCCCAUGGUGGUUUUGACUUGAACUUGGAACAUGUAGAAGAUGACAAUGUUGUCCAAGGUGGGAUCAAAAUGAACAUGCAACCAACCGUGCUAGCUGCUGCUAAUGACAAUGUUGUCCAAGGUAGGAAAGAUACUCCAAAUGAAUUAAGAAGACAAAUAUAUCAAGCUUUGUUGGCAAGAAGCACAAAUGGGAAACUAAAGAGGCAUGUUACCAAAGAAGUUGCCGAACUAUUCGGAGUCCGUCAUCGCAUUGUUCAGCGUGUAUGGCAGCAAGGUAAAAGCUCCCUUGAUCAAGGCAUUCCAGUUGAUGUUUCUAGUAGAAAGCGUGGCAGAGCUGGCCGUAAGCGAGUUCCAUUGGAUUUAGAACCAUUACGUAAUGUUGCUCUUAAGCAUAGAACAACACUAGAAGAUGUGUGUGCUGUGUUAGGUAUUAGUAAAUCCAACCUACUGAGAAAUAUACGAGAAGGUCAGCUUAAGCGGCACUCAAACAGUAUAAAGCCACACUUAACAUAUGCAAACAAGAAGGCUAGGCUACAAUGGUGUGUGGAUAUGCUUGAACCUGAAAGCAUGCAUGAUAAUCCAAGGUUUAAGGGGUUGUUUGAUGUUGUUUUCAUUGAUGAGAAAUGGUUCUACCUUACUAGAAAAUCAGAGAGGUAUUACAUGCUUCCAGAUGAGGAUGAGCCCUUACGUACAUGCAAAAGUAAGAACAACGUCCCUAAGCUCAUGUUCUUGACUGUUACUGCUCGGCCAAGGUUUAAUAGAGAGGGACUUUGCAUUUUUGAUGGAAAGAUUGGGUGCUUUUCUUUGGUUACAUAUGAACGUUCUAAGAGAAGUAGUAACCAGCAAGCUGGGACAAUGGAAGUGAAGCCCAUCACUUCAAUUACUAGGGAUUUCAUUAGAACGUUCAUGAUCGACAAGGUGUUGCCGGCUAUUCAAGCUAAGUGGCCACGUGAAGAUUGCAACAAACCCAUCUACAUCCAGCAAGGCAACGAACCGUCUCAUCUAGAUCAUGAUGAUCCACUAUUUUGUGAAGCUGCUAAGCAAGAAGGUUUUGACAUUCGGCUUAUUUGUCAACCACCCAAUUCACCAGAUUUCAAUAUAUUAGAUUUGGGUUUCUUUCGUGCCAUCCAAUCUAUUCAAUACAAGAAGACCGCAAAAACAGUUCAAGAUCUUGUUCCUAUUGUCCAAGUGGCCUUCCAUGAGUAUUCUCCACGCAAGGCAAAUAGAAUCUAUCUUACACUUCAACUAGUAUGGAAGGAGGCAAUGAAUGUUCAUGGUUCAAACAAGUUCAAGAUUCCACACAUGAAGAAACAAAGUCUAGAAAGACAAGGGCGCCUCCCUUUGCAAAUCACUUGUGAGGAACCAUUGGUAGCCGAUGCUAUGGCCAAGCUCGCUGCAUGGAACAAUUAG